CUCGAUGGUGCCCCGUGGUAGUCACUAAUCAAUGUUUAUUUAGUUUUUAAUUCUUAUAUCUAUAUGCAUUAUUAUAAUUAUAAUUUUAACAUUUUCCCAUGUCUUGCAUUUUACUAUAAUUUAUAUUUUAUUUAAUUAAUAUAAUAUUAUACAAGAUGCCAUCAAAAUAUUCAAUUUUACUGCCGACAUACAAUGAAAAAGAAAAUUUACCUGUUAUAGUUUAUCUAAUUCACAAAUAUUUGGAAAUUAGUGAGAUUGAAUAUGAAAUAAUAAUAAUAGACGAUGGCAGUCCAGAUGGUACUUUAGAAGUUGCCAAACAACUUGAAACUAUUUAUGGGAAAGAUAAAAUAUUAUUAAGGCCCAGAGGGAAAAAACUUGGAUUAGGCACUGCAUAUAUUCAUGGAAUGAAACAUGCCACUGGUGAUUUUAUUAUUAUAAUGGAUGCUGAUCUAUCACAUCAUCCAAAAUUUAUACUUGAUUUUAUAAAAAAACAAGCCGAACAAGAUUAUGAUGUUGUCACUGGAUCACGAUAUAUUGGCAACGGAGGAGUUUCAGGUUGGGAUUUUAAAAGAAAGUUAGUAAGUCGUGGUGCUAAUUUUGUAAGCCAAAUAUUAUUGAGGCCCAAAGUAUCUGAUCUCACUGGUAGUUUCAGAUUGUACAAAAAGCCAGUUUUGGAGAAAUUGAUAGAAUCAUGUAUAUCUAAAGGAUAUGUAUUCCAAAUGGAGAUGAUGGUACGUGCAAGGCAACUAAAUUAUACUAUUGGUGAAAUUCCAAUUACCUUUGUAGACAGAGUUUAUGGGGAGUCUAAAUUAGGAGGAUCAGAAAUUGUUCAGUUUGUAAAGUCUCUAUUGUAUUUAUUUGCUACUACAUAAAAUCUUUCAGUAAAAAAUUUAAUAUUAUGUAUAAUGUAUACACACUUAAUAUUUGCCAUUAUUAUAAGAGCAAUAAUGACUAUAA